AUGAAAGUAACACCAGAAUUAUUUAUAAAUGCUUUGGAAUAUUCAAGUAAGGAAAUCGUUGAAUAUUUAAUCAGAGUUUGUGGUCAAUAUAUAAAUAACCCGACCAAGGCUAAUAACGUAUUGGAUGCAUCAUUAUAUAGGGCAUCGAUUAAUAGAAACGGUGACUUGCUUUCAUAUAUUAUUGCAAAUCAUCCAUCAAUAUAUCCAUCAAGUCCAAGAUUUAUCAAUCAAAAUAUAGAGUUUACUUCUCAAGUUCCUGGUCCCCAGUAUUCAAAGUUAUCAUUAUCCGAAAAAAAGAUAUUGGUGGGGUUAAAGAGAGUUAUGCCAAUAACCCUUUCAAGUAAAAUUAAAACAUUAAAGAACCUAUCAUACGACGAACUUUUAUUUUUUAUUACCCAAGAGUACCACACAGUAUAUCAAAACACACAGGAUAAUCAACUUACCCAAAAAAUAAUGAACAUUGUUGACCGAAUGGAGAAUGAACAAGAAAAAAUUAAAGAAAUUAGAAAAAUCAUCGCUUUCAAACUAAAAAAUCACAAUCUUUUUUAUGAAUACUUUAUCCAAUAUAAUGACAUAUCAGAACUUAAUAAUGACCCAGGAUAUCCCUAUUUAAGUGCAUAUGCACUUUAUACAAAGAAUACAUUCAACUUGAAAGGUUUAGAGUUCUUUAUUUUUAAUCGUUCAUUGGUAUUCCGAUCAUAUGAUAUAACAGAAGAUACUGUAUCUCAAGAGACUCAAGAUUUUAUGAUAAACCCUCAAAAUAAAAAGAUAAUAAUUGACUUUUUCAAGCUAUAUUUCUCUCAAGAUUUUUUUAAGGCUUUUAGUUUUUUCCAAGAAUGUCAAUUUCUAAUUCACUCUCCACUCAUUUCAAUAGAUUUGCUAGAAUCCUGUAAAAACAUUCAAGGGUUCCCAGUAAAUUUUUUAAUAACACCAGAUCCCAAAGAAAUUAAACCAUUAGAGAAGCAAGUUUGGUAUAUAGAUUUUUGCACUGAAUUCGCACUAAGAAAAGUUGGCUUUAAUGACUUGAUUCAAGAUUUAAUUUGCACAAAUGAAUAUAUUGACUUUCUAUAUCAAAAUAAAAAUAGAAUUAAAGGUGUUCCCACAUUUAAUCUAGAUUCAGGAGAGCUAUUGCUUUAUUUUGUCUCAAAAUUUGAAUCCCAAUUUCCAGCAUCCAGCUAUAUAACUAUCAAACUGUAUCAAAAAGUAAUAGCCAACGCAGAUUUAAAAACAUUAAAAUAUAUAGAUAGAUUCUCAAUUAAUUUUCAAAAUAGUAUAAUUUUUUUACAAAAGGUUACAUGGGAACCAAUCAAGAUAUCAUCAUCAAAAGAAUCGGCAAUUGAAAUGUUUAAUUAUCUUUUAGAUUCAAAGUGUAUGGGUAUAAAUGACAAAAAUCUAUUUUUUUCAGUAAUCAAUUCGCUUUUAAUUAAAAUAUUUAAUGAUGAAGAUACCGAAAAAGAAGUUUGCAAUGAAGUCUCAAGUGUACAGAUUAAAGAAUAUGACUAUAGUAUUUUUGAAAAAGAAUCGUUUGAUAGCUUACUUCACUGUAUAUUAAAACUACAUGUUGGUGCUGUUAAAUAUUUAUUAGAUAGUCUUGUAAAAUCAAAUAAGGUCGAUGAUUUUAUCCAAGAAAACUCCUCAGAGCUUAUCGAUUUAAAAAUUAAAAAAAACUAUAUGAACCUCAAUUCUAUGGAAUCAUCAUUUUACGAUUUUAAAAAAAUAGUUACAAUUAUUUUUUUACUUUUAGAUAACCUUGAUAAAAAAUACCACAACGAUUUUAAUCCAGUCUUCAAUAUAUUAUACAAAUACCUUUUAUUUUCAAAUUGCUCAAUCGAAGAGGUUAAAUAUAUCAAAGAUGUAUUGUGUCAAUCCUCAAUUGUUUUAUCAAUUACAUCAUUUCAUAUUUUUCAUUAUUUUAAUAUAAAAUCACCAAAGCUUUUAUUAUAUUUUACCAAAAGAUUUAUAUCUAGUUUUCAAAUUUAUCCUCAAAUGAAAAGGAAGUUCAAGGAUGAUCUGGAAACAGUUGUAGACUCUACUUUUGCUGAAGAAAAUUUCAAUUUAGAGUUCAUUGCCAAUAAUACUUUUAAAACCCUUUAUCUAAUGCUAUCGUCAGAAUUUACCUUUCAAUCAAGAUACUCUUCAAUUCUCGAUCCUCAAUUUAAUGAAAUGAAUUAUUUGGUUAGUAUUGGAGCCUAUGAUGUUAUUUCAACUUUACUCUAUGGAUGCAAAGAUGUAACAUUAUUAUGCACUGAUAAAAAUGGGUUUGAAACAUACGACACCAUUACAUCUAUUUCAAACCAUCACUUAUUAAAAUCAUUCAUAGAAUUCCCAGAUCUUUCAAGUGGUAUAUUUAAAAGUGCUCUUGCAAAAUCAAAUCUAGAAAUUAUUCAAUACGUCCUACAAAAAUAUCCUCAUAUCAAAAUCGAUAUAUUAAUUCUAGAAAGAAUUGACUAUCAAGUUUUAGAAUUCAUUUUAUCGAAAAAUCUCCUAACUCAAGAGACUGCUCACAAAGUAUUCAUUAUUCAUUUUGAAAAAGCAAUACCCCAAGCUGAAUAUGAUUGUUAUAAGAACUUUGUCGAAAAGUUUGGUUUAAAACAAUUUUAUCCAAUAGAUACAAAUGGUGUUUACCCAGAAAGCUCAUUUUGUACAUAUCCUAACAGUUGCCACAAUAAUGGAUCAAUUAAUUUAUUUUUAGGUAGGGCAGGUAAUGAUGAUACUCCAAAAACAGGAGAAAAAGUAUUAAUUAAUGAUCUUGAAUGUUUUCCAUAUUUAUCAGAAAUUUUUGUAAAUGGAAUUGAGCCAUCUGAGGAGUUUAUUUACUAUAAAUACCCAACAGUUUCAAGAAUGACCAUUUCUUAUAAGAAUAUUAAUCAAUUUACACAAAAAUUACCAGACUAUGAUUAUAUCUAUAUUGACACUAAUGGACCCAUAACCUAUAUAAAGAUGUCUUAUUUAAAUGGUAUAAAAAACUUUUUUUUUAUGAGUAGUUUGGCAUUUCCAACUAUUGAAGUUGAUAGCGGAGCUUUUAAAACAAAUUUAAAGUAUUUUACAAUAAGUGCGAGUAAUUUACCAGACUUUUCCGGUUAUCAAUUCGAUAGAGCCGAAAUAAAUUUUGGUAAUGCUCUCAAUCCAACAGAUAUACUUACAAAUUUCCAAUACUUAAAUGCUACAAAUGUUCAAUUUUCAUUUAAAUCAACAGUUCCUUUUUAUCUUCAUUUAAACUCUUAUAUUAAAGCCAUGCGUCACUCUAUGGGUAUACUUCAAACACCAACUCAAUUCUACGAUAUGUCAAAUAUUGUCAAUUAUCAAUCUAUCGAAAUGGAAAAUGUUGGUGAAAAUUUCCUUUAUCAAAAUAAAAUUCCAUUUAAAGUUAGCCCAACAACAAAUCUUGCAAUUUCAUUUACCGAAGCUAAUACAUUACAAAUUUCCGUCGAAUUGCCCCCAGUUACUGAUGUUGGUUAUUUAAAAACUGCAAGAUAUACAAAUGGCUACUUAUCGGGAAAUUUACCAGAAUAUAAUGGUCAAGGUUCAGCAUUUAUUUAUGACAAUAACAAAUUAACAGGUACUAUACCUGAGUCAUGGUGCGGCACUAUUUUAUCUGUUGCGAAUAAUCAAUUAACAGGUUCUAUUCCAUCAUGCUUUUCUUGUUAUUUAGGUUCUACAGCUUAUUAUACUAGUGGAAUUUCGGGUCCAAACGGUAUUGCAUUUCAAUCUCAAAUGUAUGAUAGAUUUGCAGGGAGCUCUAAUACAUUUACAAAUUAUGAUAAAACUAUUCCAUGCACCACUUAUAAACCACAGGUUAAGUAUCAUAAUCAAACAACUUUUAUAAUUAGUGGUAUUGAUAUUGGUCUAAUUGAAUAUUAUUAUAUUGGUUCAGUUUCACCCGGCAACCAGUGUAGAUUUGUUCCAGAUGCAGUUAUUAGAUUUGGUUAUGAAUAUUAUUGUAAUCAAUUUUUAAAUCUUCAGAGAGGAAAUUAUUUCACACUAUUCAAUAUAGGAAAUAAUUUAAAUUAUAAUUUUGCUUUAGUCAGUAAACCACCAACUUUUACAUCAAUUAUAACAACUGAAAAUAAUAAAGUCUCUGCAGUUGGCACAUUCUUCUCAAGUUAUAUAGGUCAAUCAGUACAAACUAUAACUAUAGGAGGUACAGAUUGUCAAGUUACUAACACUGGGUUCACUAACUUUACUUGCAUCACAUCAGUUACAUUAUCAUCAGAAAAACAACUAGUUGUAAUAAAAAAUGAUAAUCAAACUAAAAAAGUAUUUGCAGUUUUCGAAAACAAUAGACUCAAUAAUAAACAAUGUCCAAAUGAUUGUGUAGGCUCACUGUCAGGAGAUGUUUGCGAUUUAAGCACUGGUCAUUGUGAGUGUGACAUUGGACUUGGUGGUGAGAAAUGCGAAUUCAGUCAACACUAUAUUACAUCGGUUAAUCCAUCGAAUGAAAAUGGUGGUGAAGCAAGCUUCUAUGGUAGCUUUGGUGAACAACACAACCAAUUAUCAGUUACAAUCGGAUCAAAAACAUGUCCAGUUACACACUCUUCAAAUAAUUUAAUUAGUUGCACUGCACCACCAGGUAAAGGUAUUCACAGUGUCAAUAUCACUCAAAACAAUAUUGUUUAUAUUGGUAAAGAUAUAUACAUUUAUUCAAAAGUACCACAAAACAUAUUCGAAUGUCCAAAGAACUGUUCAUCACAUGGUAAAUGUAAUACAUCAAAUGGUAACUGUGAAUGUUAUUUAGGAUAUACAUCAUUUGAUUGUGGAUCAAUAAUCGAAAGUGGAAAUAAAGAUAAUACAACAUCAAAUGUUGAUAACAGCACAGGUAUUGUAGAUAUUCAAAAUGAGAAAAUCAACUUUAAAAUCUACCUCAAAUCAUUAAAUGAGAUAGAUAUUAAUAAUAAUAUUGUCAAGAGUUACCCAUUGGUAUCAGAUUGGACUGUAAACAAAACACAAUCAAACAUCUAUACAUUCAAACAAUCACCAAACCAAGACGAAUUCAAUGUUAUAUCAACUAUCGAACAAAUUGAAAACGACAAAACAGUUUCAUUUGCAGGAAUCGACUUUUUACUCACCAACAACUCAAUUAAAUUCACAGUUUCAAUUAAAAACUAUAAAUAUUUAUCAUUCUUAAACACACUUCAACUCGAAAUGGAAUCAAACACAACCGAAUUAACCAAUGACCGUUGCAACAACAAAGAAACUCAAUUAGACACCGAAAGCCUCAAUAGUCAAUAUGAUCUCAGUUAUAUUAAACUUUCAAAGAAUAAUAUCGACUUUGUAGGUAGAUUCGUCAAUAAAGUAGUAUCAGACUCAAAACCAACAUUUUUUACUACUUCAUACACCAAGCUCGACGAUUCAGUAACCAUCACAUUACACUUACCACAUUGUGUCAAUGAAUGUUUAAUCGAUCCAGGUAUAUAUUAA